AUGGGCACGUUAUCGCAGCAUGAUGCUAUCGCUGCUCAAGGUACUGCGACCUUAAGAUAUCAUGAAGAUACCAUUCAGAGAGACGGAAGCACUGCUCUGCAAGACGCUUUUGGUGGCCCUGUUGAGCAAGACGAUGUCUUCGUUCAAUGGCUCGAGAUGUACUCCAAUUGGGACAUCUAUGCGGCGGUGAGACUCCAUGUCUUCAACUCGCAAUUGAAACUCACAUCGAUGUUGAUUUACACCCCCGGCAAACAUCUACUCAAGGAUGAUAUUUCCGCCACCCUUAGGGCCUGGCUCGAAGCCCCCUUGAGCUGUAGCGAAAUCAUGGACGUCUUAUUAGAAACGGAGAAGCAAUCAUCACGGGGCUUGUAUGACUCGGAAUGGCAGAAGGAAGCAUCGUCCAAAGAUAUCGAGCGAUCGAAGGAAUUACUCCGUCCAUAUAUUUCUGCGGCGAUGCUGAAGAACCCGAUGGCCGAUGGCCCAACCGCCUUCGUAUUGGGCGUCAUUGACGAGCUGCGACAAUUCAACUUCCACUCGCGCUUUCGGCGCUAUUCCAUCAAGCACCGCGUGCUUCACGAGCUAAUCGCACAGAAGCGCACGCAGACGCCAACACCGACCAUCCGGGAGGUGCGAGAGCAGAUCGCGCUGUUCGGCCAGUACGCCAUCUUGUCGCACCGCUGGUCCCAGAAUGGCCAGGAACUAUCCUUCGCGGAUGUGCUCGCCGGGUUAUCCGAUCGAGUUGUGCAGGAAAAGGAGGGAUAUAAGAAGUUGAUGGGGUUUUGCACGGCCGUCAAGUCUAUCUACGGGUGCCGCUACGUCUGGAUGGACAGUGUGUGCAUCAGCGAAGACGACCGGAGUGCCUCAAUCCCCCGUAUGUUCAGCUGGUAUCGCUAUGCGUACGUUUGCUUGAUCUACUUCGCCACUUCCCCGAAAGUGGCUGAGGAUCCGUGGUCCACCAGAGGCUGGACCCUCCAGGAAUUUCUCGCAGCACGCAGAUUCAGAAAGUUCCACGCGAACCGCGAAGUAGAGAGAACCGUCGACGAUGUGUACAAGAGGCUGCAAUCCGUCUCGGGGCAUCUGAACUGGCUUGGGUACACACCGGGGGUCGCCGAGGUCUACCCGCUGUUCAAGGCGAUGCGCAACCGGGAGACUACGGUGCCGGAGGACAUGGUGUACGCGCUCCUGGCGGCGCUGGACAGCGACUGUGGCGUGGAGUACGGCGAGGGCUUUGACCGGGCCUUCUACCGCCUGCAGGCCGCAUGCCUCGCCCGGGGCGGCGAGCGGCGGCUCCUCCUGUGGGACCCGAGCGCCAGCACAAGCCCCAGGCCGUCCCCGUACAACUCGAUGCUCGCGGGGGACUUCACGAUGUUCGUCCCCCGGCCCGGCGACGACCAGUUCAGGGCGCCGGUUGAGCUGCCGGACGCGUCCAUAUCCUUUGAUGCGCACGGGGCGAUGCGCGUGAUGGUCACCCUCCACUGGCCGCCGUCUCCCGGUCUGUGGAGAGCUGUUACAUUUCCGCUCAAUUACGUCACGGGCACUGUGUUUGCGCUGCUUCAGACAGACUCCCAUGGGGAAGACGGAUAUGGUGUGUUGUUGCGGCCUGGCCCUCCCCCCAAAACCGAGAGUCUCACGAAUAAUGUGCCGGGCGGAGAAGGCCCUGACAGUGACGGGCAGUUUUGGAGGAAAAAGAGAGUGGUGUACAAGCGGAUUCAGUAUUUUGAAUGCAAGCUCUCCGACAUAAUACCAGCGUAUAGCUCGGCGGAGCCGGAAUGGGUGUACAUCAGGUAG